CUGAUGGCACAGGCGGGUCAGCAGCAAAUGCUAUUGCAGGCCGGCAUAGCUCAACAGUUACAACAGGCCUCAAAACUACCGGUGAACAACACUCUGGCGGGACUGACGGGCGGCCAAAACGCAGACCUGCAACACAUUCAACAGCAACUCCAACAACAGCAACAGAAUCUGCAGAAUAUACAGCCCUUGCUAUUACUGCAGCAACAAAACCAAUUGCAGGGUUUGGGACAAUUGGGUGGUAUUGGGGGUCAACUGCCCGCUAAUCUCCAACAACUACAGGCGCAGCUCCUCCUCCAGAAUCAAGGUUUACUCCACCAGGGCCUGUUCCAGCAGUCGCUGCACAGUCUGGCCACCGGUCAGGGAGUGUUACCACAAUUGGCUGCCGCCCAACAGUUACAGCAGUUGCAAGAAUCGCAACAAUUACUACAAUCGGUGACCAAUCAGUCCCAUCAGCAGCAGCUCAUCACCAAUAAUCAGUCCGCACAACAGCAACACCAUAACCAACACCAACACCAACAGCAACAUCACCACAACACUAACCAUUCAGCGAACAACACCUCAUCGUCGACACACCAACACCUGAGCCAACGCCAGUCACCCCAUCAACAGUCCGGUGGCGGCGGUCAGUCCGGGACAGUGGCCGCCCAUCUGUCAGCGGUUGCCGCGGCCGCCGCCGGCGGUGGCACCGGCUCUUCGCUGGCCAACCAUAACACACAUCACACCAAUAGCCACCACAACAACAGCCACAGCAAUACAAACGGCGGUAACAAUCACUCAUCCGGCAGUCAUUCAAGCAAAUUAACGGCAAACAGUGUUAACAAUGGCAACAAUAGUAACGCUAAUAAUAAUACAAGUAUUACUACUAACACGACGUCGUCGUCGGUGCUGAACACCCAUCCGCCGCUCAAAGCCGUGGCCACCCGUCCCACGGAUCCCAAUCCCGAUGAGAUGACCGAUUUGGAAGAGUUGGAACAGUUCGCCAAGACUUUCAAACAGAGGCGGAUUAAAUUAGGUUUCACUCAGGGCGACGUCGGCCUAGCGAUGGGCAAACUAUACGGCAAUGACUUCUCGCAGACAACGAUCAGCCGUUUCGAGGCGUUGAACCUCUCGUUCAAAAACAUGUGUAAAUUGAAACCACUGUUACAGCGAUGGCUGGAGGACGCGGACGCCUCGCUAAACAACCCGACGGCGCUGAACAGCGCCCACUCGACGCCGGACUCGCUAUCG